AUGAAGUUCAUGAAACUUGGAUCGAAGCCUGAUUCGUUUCAGACUGAUGGGAAUAAUGUCAGGUACGUGACUACUGAGUUGGCAACCGACAUUGUGGUUAAAGUUGGGGAUGUGAGGUUUUAUUUGCACAAGUUUCCACUUUUGUCCAAGAGUGCCCGUUUGCAAAAGUUGGUUGCCACCACAAAUGAAGGAAAUGAAGACGAAGUCCACAUUCAUGACAUUCCAGGUGGUCCUGCUGCCUUCGAAAUAUGUGCCAAGUUCUGUUAUGGCAUUACAGUCACCUUAAAUGCUUACAACGUUAUUGCAGCACGUUGUGCGGCAGAAUACCUAGGAAUGAAUGAGACACUUGAAAAAGGGAACCUCAUCUACAAGGUGGAUGUUUUUCUCAACUUCAGUAUUUUCCGAAGCUGGAAGGAUUCUAUCAUAGUUCUUCAGACUACGAAGUUACUAUUACCUUUAUCUGAGGAAUUGAAGUUGGUCAGCCACUGCAUUGAUUCUAUUACUUCCAGAGCUUCUGUUGAUGUUUCCAAGGUGGACUGGUCCUAUACCUACAGCCAAAAAAUGCUACCAGAGGAAAAUGGGAAUGAUUCUAACUGGAAUAGCAUCAAAAGCCGGGUGGUGCCCAAGGAUUGGUGGGUUGAGGACUUGUGUGAGCUUGAAGUAGAUUUAUACAAACGGUUAAUUGUAAUGAUAAAGGACAAAGGGAUAAUUUCUAGUGAAGUGAUUGGAAAAGCUUUGAAAGCUUAUGCCCUGAGAAGAUUGCCAGGAUUUAGUAAGGGUAUUAUUCAGUGUGGCGAUGUCCUGAAGACUCGUUCGAUAGUGGAUACGAUCGUGUGGCUGUUGCCUUCUGAGAAAGGCAGCGUCUCUUGUGGUUUCAUGCUCAAGUUGUUAAAAGCAGCCGUUUCCAUGGAUUCAGGAGAAAUGGUUAAGGGAGAACUAGUGAAAAAAAUAGGGCAGCAAUUGGAGGAGGCUUCUGUUAAUGAUUUUUUGAUACAAGUAAAGGAUGGGGAAACAACCGUGUAUGAUGUUAAUAUAGUCCAGAAAAUACUGGAGGUGUUUUUGAUACAGGAUAAAAAUGCCGAAGGUGAAUUAGAGGAGAGCCGUGAGAUUCAGGAGAUAAGAAGGCCAGGGAUUUUAUCAGAAGCAUCCAAGUUGAUGGUGGCAAAGCUCGUUGAUGGGUACCUCACUGAAAUUGCAAAAGAUCCUAAUCUACCUUUGGCAACUUUUGCUGAUGUCGCAGAGAUGGUGUCUGGUUUUGCGCGGCCUGCUCACGAUGGACUUUAUCGGGCCAUUGACAUGUAUCUUAAGGAACACCCCGGGAUUAGCAAGAGUGAGAGGAAGAGGAUAUGCAGGCUGAUGGACUGCAAGAAGUUAUCUGUUGAUGCAUGCAUGCAUGCUGUACAAAAUGAGAGACUCCCCUUGAGAGUUGUUGUGCAGGUGCUCUUUUUCGAGCAAGUAAGGGCUGCUGCAUCAUCUGGCAGCAGCACUCCUGACCUUCCCAAAGCCAUUAAAGAUCUUAAUAGUGGCUCCCAUGGGAGCUCACGAUCGGCAACAACCAACACCGAAGAAGAGUGGGAUGCUGUGGCAACAGCAGAAGAGCUUAGGGCGUUGAGGGGUGAGUUAGCAGCCUUAAGGUUAGGCCAUGGAGGAGGGAGUGAGAGAAGUGGUGGUAAAAGUAAUGCUGACAACACUGCAAUAGGUAAAAUGAAAGGGUUGCUUAUGUCAAAGAAAAUCUUUUCAAAAUUGUUGUCAAACAAAAGGGCCCUGAUUGAGAAUAGUGGUUCGGAUUCAUCGGAGAGCCUUGGUUCUGCUAAUCCAGAAGCAGCAGCUAAAUCCACUCCUUCCAGAAAAGGGAGGCAUUCAGUUUCGUAGGGAAAGGAAUUUAUGGUAUUUGGUUUUUGUUUUUGGGUUUUUUUUUUCACUUUUAAUGAAUGACAUUAGCAUGGUAAAAGCUAGUGGUUAUCUUUCCUUCGAGCAAAUGAAGCUUACAGUUUGGAGAAAGGAGUUUGGAAUUAUUUCUUGUUUUGC